UUUGCAGGAGAGAGGAAUGAACUUGAAAGUUCAGCCCAUGAAGCUAAUGAACAAGCUGUUCUGGAGGCACUGCAGAUUGAACUUGGCUGUGCUGGAGAGUGCUGUGCAUGACGUCUUUUGUCUUCAGACUCUGAGGAAGGACAGGAGGGACAGAGAACUUUUGUUGGAGAAUAAACAGGGGAAAGGCAGAGGGCAAACUUCUCCCUCUAUAUCAAUAAGACUACGGUUCUGAUAACUAAAGUCCUGUCCCUCGAGGAGACCAACAUCAUUAUUUGCUGCCUUGUAGCUGCGGUGUGCUAUUUGCUUGCUGCAGCAGAUAAAGCAAGGAAACAGUGAUUCCGAGUUCACAUCAACUUCUGAAGUUCAUCCCAUAACACCACAACUGCUAUCACAGUGAUAUUCAUGGGUACGAUGUGAGACUUCGACAGGAGGGAAAGAGAAUACCCUAGAAAAUGACCAGAAGAUGCCAGUCAACAACAAAGUUAAACUUGCCAGGCCACUGAACAGUAAGCAGAUGAUACAAGAUAAAUGCUACCUUCCUUAAAUGACUGUCAAUGGAGGGGAAUCCGCAGCACUACAGGGUUGUGUUUUUGAUAAAGACACAGGUCAUGUACAUCCGCGUUCAUCCAAAGACACCUCCUGUUCAUCCAAAGAAAUGCAAUCCCUUCUCUCUUAAUUUAAGAAGUGGACCAACAAACAACCACAACCUAAAUUCUAUAGGACAGAAGUGCACACAUGCACUUUGUUAACUAUCAGAAUCUAUUUGAGUUCAGAUAGUUUCAGCAGAACUGUACACAUACAUCUUCUUCCAAUGCAGAGUACAAAAAACUAAUUCACCAGUAUGGUGAAAAUGAACAGUAAGGUCUAAUGUUUAAGAGAGCUGGUGAAGUCAGCCUUUUACCUUCUUCCUGUUCAGACACACUGUAGAGACAGCAUUAAAAUUCAGACAUAACUCUGUCAAAGGCAAAAAAAAAAAAAAACAACAACAAAUAAUCAACAAACAGCAGCAGCUUCAAGUGAGCAUUAGUUUUGUACUGCCACUGAAAUGAAGCCUGAAUCUGGAUGGAACAAGCAACAAACUGGGCAUGUGCAGACCAUGCAGGAUUCUGUAUUUAAAUGGAAGCUGCCGCUGCUGCCCUUUCCUAAGCUGAAGAUGGAAUAAAGCAAGCUGAGCUCUGGUGAGAAAUUCUGCACUAGAUCUUGCACUAUUUCAGACAGAGGAUCUGACAGUCUGCUUUACACACACACAGAAAGGUAAAUUGGCUGACUUAAAAUCAGAAGAGAGCUUUGCUUUCUUUGCUAUUGCUUAGAUUUCAUUCGCGUAAUUUGCCAGCCCGUUCAAAGGGGGAAUAUCUUGUCUCUCUGAAGACUCCAUCUGCACCAAAUUUGUGGAGUCAACUCAUGGAAUGACUCAGGAGCGAUUGCCUACACACUGAUGGACCUGCCUCUUAGAGCCCCAACAAAGAUGACAGUGAAAGAUGUUCGUAGUGCUUUUCCUACAGUGGAUGUCCCAGACCAUGCCCACUAUACAAUUGGAACAGUCAUUCUUAUCGUGGGGAUCACAGGAACUCUGGGUAAUUUCCUGGUCAUCUAUGCUUUCUGCAGGAGUAGGACCCUUCAGAAACCAGCCAAUAUAUUCAUCAUCAAUCUAGCUGUUAGUGACUUCCUUAUGUCCAUCACACAGUCUCCAGUAUUUUUCACUAACAGUCUCCAUAAACGAUGGAUUUUUGGUGAGAAAGGCUGUGAGCUGUAUGCCUUCUGCGGAGCUCUUUUUGGCAUUACAUCUAUGAUCACUUUGAUGGUGAUUGCCUUGGACAGAUACUUUGUCAUCACAAAACCUCUGGCUUCUGUUCGAGUGAUGUCUAAGAAGAAGGCCCUUAUAAUCCUGGUAGGCGUCUGGCUGUACUCUUUGGCUUGGAGCCUCCCACCCUUCUUUGGAUGGAGUGCCUAUGUUCCUGAAGGCCUGCUGACUUCCUGUUCCUGGGAUUACAUGACUUUCACACCGUCAGUCCGUGCCUACACAAUGCUGCUUUUCUGCUUUGUCUUCUUCAUUCCUUUGAUUGCUAUCAUAUACAGCUAUUUCUUCAUAUUUGAGGCUAUCAAGAAGGCCAACAAGUCUAUACAGACAUUUGGAUGCAAACAUGGAAACAAAGAUCUCCAGAAACAGUAUCAUCGGAUGAAGAAUGAGUGGAAGUUGGCUAAGAUUGCACUGAUCGUCAUCUUGCUUUAUGUCAUUUCCUGGUCACCAUACUCUGUCGUUGCUCUGGUAGCUUUUGCUGGGUAUUCUCAUGUUCUAACACCCUUCAUGAAUUCAAUACCAGCUGUGAUUGCCAAAGCUUCUGCCAUCCAUAACCCCAUUAUUUAUGCCAUCACUCACCCUAAAUAUAGAACAGCCAUUGCAACAUAUGUUCCCUGCCUUGGAUCCCUGCUGAGAGUUUCUCCUAAAGAGUCCCGAUCCUUCAGCAGUUCUCGCUCCUCCAGACGAACCACCAUAAGCAGCCAAUCUUCUGAGACUGGCUCAGGUGGGCUGGAGAAAGGAAAAAGACGACUAUCUUCCAUCUCUGACAGUGAAUCGGGCUGUACCGAUACAGAAACUGAUAUCACCAGUAUGACCUCCAGACCUGCUAGCAGCCAGGUUUCCUAUGAAAUGGGCAAAGAUACCACCCAAACUAGUGGCCUAGGAGGCAAACCUGAAGUGAAAAGCCACAAUUCUGAAAUUUUUGGAAAGACAAUUGUAAACACAGAUGAAAUACCCAUGGUGGAAAUGAAUGUCACAGAGCAUUCUGCUACUUCUACUUGCAAAGCAUCUGAAAAAUGCAGCGUGGAGGAAAGUCAGAGAGGUGAGAGCCUGAGUGGCAUUGGACUAAGAAAAGGAGAGCCUCGCCAUAGAACAUCUGCAUCUCAGAUACCCAGCAUCAUAAUAACAUGCAGCAAUGUACAAGGAGUAGAGCUGCCUUCUGGAUACAGCACUGGUUUCCUGUACCCAAAGAACAAAAGCCACAAGCAGAACAAGAGCUCCAGCAGCUGAGUGGCACAAGCCAGAAUAUCACCUUCACCAGUAUCUCUGGAGGAACCAUGAACCAGCUGAAUCCAGAAGGCUUUCCUGCCUUGCUCUGAAACACUUCUACAGAAACACAACACAAGCAAGAAUAAAAUCAAGUGUUCAGUUUCUGAACUGACUCCAGUGCUUCACUUUUGAUCUGAGCCACACUGCAAUUCAUUAUUUCUUCUUUUUGUGGCUCAAAUAAAUCAUUUUUCUCACUUGGAUUUUAC